AUGUCUCUUGUGAGAGAACAAGGCCGAGGGCUAUCGUCAACGCGACAAUUAGCUCGAGGAGUCCUUGGCCCGAAGCACCGCGCUUUCACAGCAAGUACAAGGGCGUCACUUUCUCUUGAUCGAGACUCGCCAGAUGUGAAGAAAGCGCAAGGCUACUGCUCAAAUCUCGUUCGAAACUAUGACUCGCCCUCAUACACUCUGGCCCAUUUUGUCCGACCGCAUGUGCUUCCAGCAUAUCUCGCUAUCCGCGCCUUCAACAUUGAGCUGGCCAGGAUACCCGACGUGGUGUCAAUGCCACAGAUCGGUGCCAUGAGAAUGCAAUUCUGGCGGGAAACCAUCGACAAGACUUUCAAUCUCGCUCCUCCAUUAGAACCUGUUGCCAUUCUGCUGGCUUCAUAUCUAAACCAAGGGUAUAAACUCAACAAAACUUGGUUCCAUCGCAUCAUUACAGCCAGAGAUCGGAAACUGACGCAUCCCACCUUCACGAACAUGGCUGAGCUCGAGUCCUAUGCUGAAUCGACCUAUUCCACGCUUCUUUAUCUAACAUUAUCAGCGCUUCCUUUGAACUCUCUGACUAUGGAUCAUUUGGCUUCCCACAUCGGGAAAGCGGCCGGGAUAGCAGCUGUGCUUCGUGGAGUGCCAUUGCUCGCCUUUCCACCUCCUCCCACCCUACAUUCUAGCACUUCGCCUGGUAUGAGGGCCGCUCCUACCCGAGAACGGCAGGGUAUCAUCACACUUCCCUUAGAUGCUAUGUCUCAGUGUAGCGUCAGAGAAGAAGAUAUCUUCCGAAAUGGCGCAAACGCUGCGGGCAUCUGUGAUGCCGUUUUCAUGGUCGCCACCCGUGCUUCUGACCAUCUCAUAACCGCUCGGUCCAUGCUCAGAAGUGUCCGAGAGAAUCAGGAUCCUGGCCACGAGUUCGAGCACAUGCACGAUGAGGGCCAUCAGUACAGCAAGUAUGACACUGGUGUCAGGAUCUCCACCGACAAGAGCAAAGAAGAGCUCGACAACGGUUUCGGUAUUGUGAUGGGCCCUGCCAUCAGCACUCAGUUGUGGCUCGAUCGUCUGCAGAAAGUAGACUUUGAUAUCUUUCAUGAAAGUCUCCGAAGAGUUGAAUGGAAGCUGCCUUUUGUUGCAUGGCUGCGCAAUAGGAGUGGCAAGCUGUGA